CGAACACAAACUUCCAGGGAGAUACAUCUGGGCUCCUUUAUACUUCGUUUAGGCAUAUACAUUUGCAACGGGACAAGUGUUAAAAUAAAAUAGCAGUAAUGCAUAAAGUAUUGUCUCGGCUGAAUGGCCCGUGUUUGCUCGGGAAAACCCACUCGUGGACUGCAGUGGACGUGUUUGUGAAACUCCACAAAGGAAGCGGUGCGCUAUGUCAAAAAUCAGCUGUGAAACAGCCCCCACCUGAGUUGCCCGAGAUGCCCGCAUGUGACUUUAAACCUGAGCUAUACCAGGGCAUGUCUAAAGAAUGUUUAAUAGGAAUCAGAAAACACAACUGCAACCCGAUGACCAUGCAAGUUACGUACUACAAAAAGCCAGUCUUCAUAAACCAGGGUUACAUGCAGUGGCUUUGGGAUGUGGAUGGAAGACGAUAUCUGGACUUGUUUGCAGGGGUGGUCACCGUGAGUGUGGGACACUGUCACCCAAAAGUGACUGAAGCAGCAGAGAAACAGCUGAGGCGUCUAUGGCACACGACUGCCAUCUACAUUUACCCACAAAUGCAGGAGUAUGCAGAGAAACUGACGGCCCUUUUGCCGGAGCCACUAAAGGUUGUGUAUUUUAUGAACAGUGGUUCUGAGGCUAAUGACCUCGCAGUGCUAAUGGCCCGGCUACACACGGGAAAUUUUGACAUCAUAACACUCAGGGGCUCAUAUCAUGGCGGCAGCCCUCAAGCAACAGGUCUCACAUCCAACGCAGUUUACAAAUACCCCGUCCCCUCCUCAAUGGGCUGCCAUAAUACCAUGUGUCCAGAUGUGUUCAGAGGCCUUUGGGGAGGAAGCCAGUGUAGAGACUCCCCAGUUCAAACCAUCCGGGAAUGCAGCUGCUCCCCAGGUCAUUGUCAAGCCAAUGAUAAAUAUAUAGACCAGCUUAAAGAAGUGUUUGACACAACGGUUCCCCGCCGUAUCGCUGCUUUCUUUGGCGAACCCAUCCAGGGUGUCGGCGGGGCUAUUCAGUACCCUAAGAACUACCUGAAGGAGACCUACCAGCUUGUUCGGGAGAGAGGUGGAAUCUGUAUCGCAGAUGAGGUACAGACUGGCUUUGGACGCACAGGAAGUCACUUUUGGGGUUUUCAGGGGCAUAAUGUUAUUCCAGACAUGGUUACCAUGGCAAAGGGCAUUGGCAACGGCUUCCCUAUGGGUGCUCUGGUCACCACAGCAGAGAUUGCGAGUUCGUUUGCAAAAGGAGUUCAUUUCAACACAUUUGGAGGUAAUCCAUUGGCUUGUGCAAUUGGAUCAUCAGUGCUUGAUACGAUAAAAGAGGAGAGGACGCAAGAGAACAGUGCUAAUGUCGGCACCUACCUGAUGAUGGAACUGGCCAAACUUCGGAAUAAGUAUGAGAUUAUCGGUGACGUACGAGGAAAAGGUCUUCAGAUCGGGGUGGAGAUGGUCAAAGACAAGGCCAGCAGAGACCCCUUACCUUCACAAAACAUGAAUCAGAUUUUUGAGGACAUUAAAGACAUGGGCGUGCUGAUCGGAAAAGGCGGGCUUUACGGACAGACGUUUAGAAUCAAGCCACCCAUGUGUAUAACUAAAGAUGACGCAGACUUCUUCCUCGCUGUCUUCAACCAGGCCGUGCUCAACUACAUGGAAAGAAAAUAGGACAGGCAGAACCUUCAGUACACAUUUUAUUACCAACAGGUCUGUACGGUUGAUCUGAAAACCACCAAAAGAUUAACUUACCUGUGGGGAACAGUCUUGUGUUUUCAGUUUUUAAGGGUGUAUUGUUUAAUACUAUCGUCAAAUCUUCUAACAGUUAACAGAUGAUGUUGUAACAGGUGUUGAUAUAACUGAUAUAACCACCUUUGGCGUAAAGGGACAGUUCACCCACAAAAGAAAAUUCUGUCUUGUUUAUUUACCCUCAUGUAGCUCAAAACCUUUGUGGAACACAAAAGAAGAUAUUAUGAGAAAUGUCUCAGUGUUUUGUGUCCAUAUAAUGGAAGUCAAUGGUGGUUAGUGUUGUUUGGUUCUUCAAAAUAUUUUUUGGUGUUCUGCAUGCAGAAGAAAUAGUCACAUGGGUUUGGAAUAACAUGAGGGUGAAUAAAUGAUGAAAAUGGGUGAGCUAUCCCCUUAAUGUGCACCUUUUGCAAAUCAUUGCAUUUACGCUGACAGAACUGAACUUAACAGAUGCCCAAAAUAAUAAUGUAUAAAAUAUAAUGUAACAUAAGUUAAAUAUCAUUUAGUAAAUCUAUAAUUUACCAACAGACUAGGAAACAAUAUUUAUACUGUUUUUCUAAUGGCUUCAGAGAGCAAAAUUAUUAAAAAGUGUAAAUGUUUCCUCACAAUUGUAAAUAAAAGCUAGAAUUGGUAGAUUUUAACUGCUGGUUUUCUGAAAAAUGUUUUACUUUUGUAUACCCUUUCCUUAUACAGUAUGUACUGCACUUUAAACACCACUGUGCCAAAUACACAGAACCUGUUGGUAAAGUUUGAUGAGGUUGAAAUUCUAGCACACCCCCAAUUUAACCGAUAUUCAUAACCCUUCAGAUUAAAGGAACAGUUCACCCAAAAACGAAAAUUCUGUCAUAAAACUCAACCUAAAGUUGUUCCAAACCUGUAUACAUUUUUUUGUUCUGUUGAACACAGAUAUUUGGAAGAAUGUUAGCAACCGAGAUUU